AUGGAGUCAACAGACCCAGCAACCGGCCAGGCGCUGCCAGCGGACGCCAUCCAAAGAGUUCUCUUCAUCGCAGCAUCCGUCCAUGUCUACAACAUCCCGCCCAUGGUCCCGGGCAAGGGUCACGUAGCCGCCGGAUGGACCGCCGACGGCAACAAGCGCCAGAUCUUCACCUCGCGCCUGCGCGUGAUCGAGACCGCUCUCACGCUGCCGUCGGGCGAGGAGAAGGUGAAGACAGACAUCGUCCUCGAGGACGCCAGCAACGGCCAGCUCUUCGCCGCGGCCCCCUACACUGCACAGGCUGUGGUCGAUCCAGUGUCAGAUAGCUCGCGGUUUUUUGCGCUGCGCGUCCAGGAUGAGGCCGGCAGGAAGGCCACGCUGGGCGUCGGCUUCGAGGAGCGCAGUGACGCAUUCGAUUUUGGGGUAUCACUGCAGGAGGCGCAGAAGACGCUCGGAUGGGCGCAGAGCGGGCCGCCGGGAAAGAAGCCGGCUGCGGAGAAAAAAGACAGUGCCGAGAAGCGCGACCUCAGCUUGAAGGAGGGCGAGACCAUUACAGUGAACCUACCGGGCAGAUUUGGGAGGCGAAAGCCGGAGGCUUCGGAACCUUCGAGUGCGAACCUGUCAUCUUUUUCACUACCCCCGCCGCCUGGCGCAUCGUCGGCUGCACGAGGAUCUGGUGCACUUCCGCCGCCGCCGGGUCCUCAGCACUCCAGAAAGUCUUCGAAGCAAGAAUCUGCAGCGGACCUGGGCUUCGACGAUGGGAAGUUCGGCGAGUUUGCUUGA